CGCGCGGCAGACGUUCCGUGACGUAUACGCUACGUACGCUUUAUCAAGCGUCUUCCCGCGCGACAUUCUUCCCAGUCUGUCGGCUUCUUGGCUGUAGCUGUGUCUUUUGCCUUUUUUUCUAAUUUCCAGGACUCAAUUUAUUGACAUGUCCUCUGAAGAAGGGAAGCUCUUCGUGGGAGGGCUCAACUUCAACACAGAUGAGCAGGCUCUGGAAGACCACUUCAGCAGUUUCGGACCUAUUUCUGAGGUGGUCGUUGUCAAGGACCGGGAGACUCAGCGAUCCCGGGGUUUUGGCUUCAUUACCUUCACCAAUCCAGAACAUGCUUCAAAUGCAAUGAGAGCCAUGAAUGGAGAGUCUCUGGAUGGUCGCCAGAUCCGUGUGGACCACGCUGGCAAGUCGGCCCGGGGAACAAGAGGGGGUGCCUUUGGGGCCCGUGGUCGUGGCUACUCUAGAGGUGGAGGGGACCAGGGCUAUGGAAAUGGCAGAUAUGACAGUCGACCUGGAGGAUAUGGCUACGGAUAUGGAUAUGGAAGGUCCAGAGACUAUGGCAGCAGAAGCCAGGGUAGUUAUGACCGCUACUCAGGAGGAAAUUACAGGGACAAUUACGACAACUGAGAUGAGGCAAGCGCACCUAAUGUAGAUACACAGGAAUAAAACCUCUGAUCCAGGACCAUCCUUCCAAAUGGCUGUUUGUAAAGAAACAUCUGUUCUAGUACAUCAACCUGUUUUUUUGAAGUGAGCUCCCAAGGUAGCUUGUUAAAGAUGUUUUAAAAAGCUCCAUGUUUAGAAAAACUUUUUUCCCCAUUUAAAGACAAAUUGAGACAUUCAUAGGGUCUGGGUAUUUUUUUCCCCCUUUUUACCAGUUUUCUAGUUUGGGCUCUCAGGAUUAUUGGUUCUGGCAAAAAAUGUUUGGCCAGACCCGAUAGAUUUUUUUUUUUAAUAAUAUGCAUCUAGGAACAUUUUAAGAACGUAUACACAAUGUUUAAUCACGGUUAGGAAGCAAUUUCUGACUGUAACUGUAAGAAAUCCAGAAUAGGGUUACUUACAGGUGUUUUUUUUACUCCAGAUCUCUGCCUUGACUAUAUAGAAGUUUCUAAAAAUAUUUGUGUAUGUCACUUUUCUAAUACUGGAAGAAAAAAUAUUCUGUUGUGUCUCAUGUAGUGUUUAGGAUGUCCUUGACAGAGUUGAUUAAAAAGAUAAAACCUGAAAACAA